GCGCGCGCACGAACUGCUCUGCUUGUUGAGUGUUUACGGUAGACGCGCCUCUUCUCCUGACUCAAACUAGUAGUUUAUCACUCAUCUCAUCAGCGUGGGCAGACAUCUCUCUCUCUCAUAUUUCCUCAGUCGACUCUGUGGUCCACCUCACAUAGUAUGGGCUUUGACUUAGACCGUUUUGAGGGUCCUGUAGACCCGGACUUGAUCUGUAAACUGUGCGGAAAAGUUUUGGAGGAUCCUCUCGCCACUCCGUGCGGACAUGUCUUCUGCGCCGCGUGCGCGCUCCAGUGGCUCUCCAAAGUCAACAGCUGUCCCGUCCAAUGCCAGAAGAUAUCCAACAAAGAGCUGAACCAAGUCCUACCCCUCAAAAACCUCAUUCUCAAACUGGACAUCAAAUGCGACCACCGCGAGCGAGGCUGCGCCCGGGUGAUGAAGCUCCAGCAUCUGGCGGAGCACGCGGAGAUGUGCGACUUCUCUCCGGUCAGAUGCAGGAAUGAAGGAUGCGACGCGGUGCUCAACCUGAAGGACGCGGCCUCACACCUGCAGGAGACGUGCGAGUACAGGGCGCUGGAGGUCUGUAAGAAUGGAUGUGGGCUUAUGCUGACCCCCAAGGAAAUGUCGGGGGAGCACAGCUGUCUCCAGGCUCUUAAAGCGCACGGCGGUCUCCUCCAGACCAAAGCGCAGAGUCUGGAGAAAGAGCUGAAGCGGCAGGCGCUGAGCUUCAGCAAGAGGGAAAGGUCUCUUCUGUCCAAACUCUCCGCGCUCCACUGCGAGCUGCACAUCACCGCGCUUACCUUCCAGAAGAAAAUCACCGAGUACAAGAGCAGGAUUGACGCUCUGACCAACAGUUGGAUGCCCCGAGAUCAGGGAGAAGAAACAAUGAGCUUCAAAGUAACCCUUCACAAGACGUCAGGGUCUCUCGGAUUCAGUAUCAUUGGAGGAAGAUUGUGUGAGGAACUGGAUGAGCAUGGAGACUUCAGUGACGGGAUCUAUAUAUCCAAAAUAGUGGAAAACGGAGCAGCGGACAAAGCUGGACUGUGUGUUCAUGACCGGAUCACUAAGAUAAAUGGAAGAAGCCUUUCCAUCGCCACCCAUGACCAAGCAGUUGAGGCAUUCCAAACUACCGAAGAUCCCAUUGAGGUUGAGGUACUACGCAGGGUUACGCACAAGACUUGCAAGCCUCUCAAACCAGUCUGUGGAAUGGACAACAGCACUCAGACCAACAUUACACUGCAAUAUUUGAAACAUAUAGAGACUAUGGCCCAGUUGCCAUCACCCACAACACCACCGAGUAUUGCUAUUCUGAACGGUUUCUGUUCACCCAAGCAGUGUCAAAAAACAAGAUGCGACUCACCUUACCCCCCAGACUUUGAUGACGGUGUAGAGAAAGACAUUGAGAGUAAAGGGCUGGAAUACGAGGAGGUGGAUCUUCAGAGGAAAAACAUCCAGGAUAAGUUUGGCCUGAUGUUGUGUUACAAGAUGGAUGAUGAGAAGACAACCAUUUAUGUUAGCAAGAUUGAUCCAGAAGGAGUCGCAGCAAAGGAUGGUAGAAUCCAAGAAGGAGACCAGAUCAUCCAGAUCAAUGGAGAAGAGGUUCAGAGCCAUGAGGUGGCAGUGGCACUUCUGACCAAGGAGGACAGCAAGAAUGUGGCCAUCCUAGUAGCUCGACCAGAAAGACAGGACGUUUGCUGGUUGGAAGAGGACUUGAAACUGGGCAUUCUUGAGCAACUGAAUGACAAGGUCAAAGAGUUUGAUACAAGUAUGCUGCAGCAGAGCACACGUGAAGAAGAUGGAGGCACUACUGAUACGGCAACCUUACUGUCCAACCAUCAUGAGAAAGACAGUGGUGUAGGCCGCACUGAUGAAAGCACUCGUAAUGAUGAAAGCUCUGAGCAGGACAUCUUAGGGGAUGACCAGAAUUCUCUUUGUGACACCCUUCCAGAAAACCACAAGAAGUUUAGCUAUAGCCAGGGCACACUGGAAUGUGGGGACAUGAACUUAAGCAAUGAAUCCUUCCUGUCAGUUGACAAUGGAGACAAUGGAAACUUCAUUGGCAUACCUGGCACUGCAUGCGAACGUUUCCGGAAACUGCUUGAAUUGAAAUGUCUGAUGAACAGCAACAAUCUUCAAGGUCUACUGGAGCACGAUGCUACACAAUAUGGAAAGAGGAUUACUACAAACUGUGAUGAUCAAGAGGAUCAGAUGCUUAAUAAGCAGCUGUUGAACAUUGAGCUGGAAUGUCUGAGUAUAAUACAAGCGCACAGGCUUCAGGCUGAAGAUAGUGGUCCGCAAACCACAGAUCCCAGCACAAAGCACUUCAUUGAACAACUAAAUGAUAAAGUUCACCAGGACCUCUUAAAUAACAAGGUGGACAACGAAUGCUCUACUAGUGCUUAUAACACUGGAGAGAGCUGUUGGAGCUUACAGCCUGCUCUGGAGUCACAUUCUCCUGAAUCCCAAAGGAUGCUAAUUGCAGACAAGGGUAAAGGUUCACCCAUGAUUAGACGCAACUCAACGACAGCAUGUUCAAAACAUAACCUCUCUCCUAUUCGGGAGAUCAGCCCCACCAAGAGUUUAGCCGGAGAUCCAGAGGUAACAAAUCAGGGUAAACGAAAGCAGAGUAAGAGGAAGAACCCAAGGUCUUUACAUCAUUCCUCAUACAAGAACACCUACAUCCCAGCCCAUGCACAACAUUACCAAAGCUACAUGCAACUCAUUCAGCAAAAGUCAGCUGUGGAAUACGCCCACAGUCAAGUCAGCAUAGCCAGCCUUUGCAAGAAUCCAGAAAACACUACAACUGAUUCCAGGCUCAAGAUGGGGUGGAAGGUAAAGGUCUGUAAUGAUGGAACAAGGUACGUUACAAGAAGACCCAUUAGAGACCAGCUGCUAAAGGAGCGUGCUUUGCGUAUUCGAGAAGAGCGCUGCAGCAUAACAACAGAUGAUGAUGCGGGAAGCGAACUAAAACUGGGUAGAUAUUGGAACAAGAAGGAACGCAAGCAGCAUGCUGUGCAAGCCAAGGAACAGCAGCAACAACGGGAACUCAUAAAGCAGUGCUACAUGGAGAACAAGGGAAAAACAGGAACACUGAACAACAAAGAGCCUGACAUCAUCCAGCUUAGCCGUAAAAAGAUGAUGAAGAGGAGGAAUAAGAGGAUAUUUGACAACUGGAUGACCAUUCAGGAGCUGCUGACACAUGGAACAAAGUCCACAGACGGGACUAAGCUAUAUAAUUCCUUUCUCUCUGUGACAACAGUGUAAGGGAUUACACCAGGGGUUCCUGGAGUUCCUGGAGGGGCCGCAGCCCUGCAGUUUACUUCCAACUCACUUACCUGUAGGUUACAAACAAGCCUGAAGGGCUCAAUUAGUUUGAUCAGGUGUGUUUAAUUGGGAUUAAAACUAAAUUAAGCAGAGCUGUGGCCCUCCAGGAACAGAGUUUGACACCUGUGGAUUACGCAACGGUUCAGGGCACUUUACUAGUUUACUGUGUAAAAUUGUGUGCAGACUGGUGUGGGAAGACUUGCCUCAUUUAAGGGGUUGUUUAGGUACUUAAAAACCUUGAUUUGUGUGACAGCAGUUCGAGUACAACAGUGAUUAAUUCUAAGUAUCUAUUUCAUAUCUUAAUACUUGCAGCUGCACCAAAAUUACUUUUUGUACCCACAUCUCACAUUGGGCAACUAAUCUUAGUUUAUGCAAUACCUCAUGCCAAACCUUUUUUACAGUAUGCUCUUAUUUUCAGUUAUUUCCAAAUGCUUGCACAUCACCCUCUCAUGCUUCGUUCACACCGGACGCAGGUGAAGCAUCAAGUGCAAGUGAUUUACUUUGGUAAGUCAAUGCAAAGACGCGAGUAGACAUCCUGCAGCGUGAUGCGCCAUUUACGUGAAUCAAGAGGCUGGAGUUGAGUGUUUCGAGCAUAUAGCACGUUUCGCUUGCGUUGGACAAUCUGAACAUCAGCGGACCUUCGCACCACAUUAACCAAACAGAAGGUUUCUCUUGUUGGGGCAUGAUUAUGAUGCAUGUUAUGAUGACACCGGACAACAGUUUAUCAAACUGGGCUCAGCCGGAAGCACAGCUGAAAGCCUCCAUCAUCCAGGUACAGUUUCUGUAGGAGUUGAUGAACUCAGAGCUGGUUGCAUCUCUGAAAGAAUCUAGUGGAUUCAGACACUGCGCCGAACGAAUAUAUACGUUGUUUUUAGCCUUCCUAAAGCACAUUAACACAGCUAUUCUCUAAAUGAAAUCCAUGUUAGCAAAUUAGCAAUGAAGCUAGAGUCAGUCGGCAGAUAGAAGCCCCACCCAUGACGCAAAUCCGCAUAUACUGUGAGGAGAAUUUGACUCUAGGCAUGGGUAUACCACAGUUUGGAAAAGUCAAGGUUUUAAAACCACCUAAAUUUUCUUCUAUACCAUU